GAAGUUUCGUGGAGCCAUAAUAAUGGUUCAUUUUCAGGAGAAAAUCUAGUUCCCUCGUUCACGAACCAAUCGUUUUGCAAAGAUUUGAUGGUUAAUGACGGUGAUAUAUACACACUGAAUGUAAAGGCUAUUGAUAUAGCUGGAAAUACUCUUAGCGAUAAGCGAACUGUAUUUAUCGAUCGCUCAGCGCCACACCUCAAUGAAAUUAGGCUUGAGAAAGAUGAAAACGAAAUGCUUUAUGUACAUUCCAUCACGGACUUAUCGAAGAUGAAAUUGACUUUCAAUGCUCUUGACAAACACAGUGGAAUUUGCUGUGCAACUUGGACAUUUGGCGAUUCAAAAGCUGACACAGAGUUUUUAUCAGCACAAAUCUUUGGUCAAAAGGUUUCUACGGAAAUGUGUGACAUCAAGUACGAUAGCACAUGUUAUUGUCCGAAGAUUGGGCACUGUGAAGUCUCCAAGUACAACAUCGACCUAUCCGAAAGCAUAAAUGAUAACAUGAUCAUUGGUGUACAAAAUGAAGAAUACUUUUUCAAUAUAUCGGUCAAGAACAAAGCAGGCUUGAUAAGUGAAAAACGGAUUACAGUAGUUGUAGACGAAACUCCGCCACAAGUGGGCAAUGUAUCCAUAGAACAAUCGCAAUUCAAUGAUACAAAUGGUACACAACGAUACUCAGUUGUCAACUGGCAUGGAUUUUCUGAUCCGGAAAGUGGAAUAAGAUCAUACCGUAUAGGUAUUGAUACCCGAUGUUUGAUAAAAGAAGAACUGCACAAUUUCUCGAACACAACAGAAUCGACGUUGUAUGCUGAGAUUUCAUUCAACGAGUCUUCAACAAAGAUAGUCGACAAUUUCACCUGCACAUCUUAUAUCACUUUUAUUGCAAUCAACAACGCUAUGCAGCCCUCGUCGGCCGUAUGUAUCGAAGGCAUAAAUAAGCAUGUCGGAGACAGUUGUGAAGUUGAUGAAGUAUCCAUGCAUAAAGAUGAUAAUCCGGUGUUGGCAGUUGUGCUUUCUACAUCCGGAGCUAUAGUUGUUUUUCUUGGUGUGGCUGUUGUUGUCUAUCUUGUGAUCAAAAGGCGCCGUUCCAAUGCUGUGGAAAGAAAGGAAUGUCCAGUAUCGUAUCAUAAAGAUAAUCCUACCUACGAGUGGACUGAGCAGGAAAAUGAUAUUGCUUCCUCGCCGUACAGUAAUUUAAGCAGACGCUGUGAGGAGAACCCCUACGACUCGCUCUCGAAUGAAAUUGAAGGAAGAAGAAUUUUCUCCGUGGAGAAUGCAACAUACAUGAACCUUAAACUGAAAACCUCGUGAAUUCUUGAAUUCUCAGCUUUGAAUUUUUAAAUACAUUUUGUUUUCAAAUUUAUGUUGAACCUUUUUGAAUUUUGGAUACAAGUUACUCAACUUGAUUUGUUGAUACCUGUGAUAUAAAUGAAAUGAUUUAUAUGGCGUUAGAAGUAAAUUCAAAUUUGCUUCUAAAACGUCUCGAAUAUGAGUGGAAUAUACCAAUAAUUCGUUGUUAUAACUGUACAAUUAAAUGUUGUUUAUCAUAUAAGCAGCAUUUUCUUUUAACAAACAGAUUGACUAUUAAACAUUUUAUCAUUUAAAAGGCUGAUCCACUCCUAGACAGUUUACUCUUGUAAAUUCUCAAUGUGUUUUAUUAUAUGUUUUCACUUCAAAAGAAAAACAAAUAUAUCAGGUGCUUCACUAAAUAUCUUGUAUCCAAUACCUUAACGGAAAAAGAGUUUUGUUUUCAGCAGAAUGGCUUACACUAACUGUACAAGAUAUGAUAUUCAAAUAACAGCAAAUAUUUUAGGAAGCAAUGCUGAAUAUGAAUAUCAAAUAUCAAAAUUAAAUAACAAUGGUCAAUGUUUAUUAUUGUUUGUUUCAUAUGUAUGUAUCAUAAACACCUAUCGAACACGUGCAACUGUGUAGUUUUAUCCGGCAAGUUAUUAAUGAGGUGUUACGAUUAAGUAUUUACAAUUACACAUUACACAGUUUGGAUGUUUAGGUAGUGACCGAUUUCUCAUAGGAGAAACCGUGUAUCCAUAUUCUAAGGUUUCUGAUGAUGCCAGCACUAGACGUAGUACUUUGAAUUUCAUGAUAAGUUAAGUACCUUCUCAUUGCAAAUCAUUUUCGCAAACUACGCACUACUAUGCUGUAAUUAUCAUGCACAUAUAACGGUAAUUGCAGCAACGCUGUCUUAAAUGCAUAGUAUUAUUAUCAUAAAUACAUGCUGUUAAAACCGUACAGCCAGAAAAACUAUUUUCCCUUAAUACCAUUUUAUGACCUCAUAU